AUGGCCGAGCGGGCCGCUGCCCAGGCUCCUGAAUGGGACGUGGCAUCACAGCAUCUAACUCAUUUACAGUUUCCUACUGUGCCUGAAAGAAUUUCUGUGAGAGGCUCACAUCCAGCUGCGGAGAGAUCCUUGACUGUAGUGGCUGCAGUUCAAGCCAUGGAGGGGAAGGUUGAUUCAUUUACAUCCCGACUGGUGAAUCUGGAGGGGAGAACAGGGUCGGCUGAGAAGAAAUUAGUCAACUGUGAGAAAGUAGUUGUGGAGUUUGGUAAUCAGCUGGCUGUGCUGGGAACUCUGAUCCAGGAGAAUAAUCUGCUGCAGAGGAGGCUGGAGAAUGUGGAGAACCUGCUGAAGAACAGGAACUUCUGGAUCCUGAGACUCCCUACAGGCACGAAGGGAGAAGUUAUAAGAACAUAAGAACGGCCGCACCGGCUCAGACCAAAGGUCCCAGUGACGUUUGAUGAGAUCUCGGUCUAUUUCAAUGAGCAGGAAUGGGGGAAUUUAGAUGAAUGGCAGAAGGAGCUUUACAAGAAUGUGAUGAAGAGCAACUAUGAGACUUUGCUCUCACUGGACUAUGCAAUUUCCAAACCUGACAUUCUGUCCAGGAUUGAACAAGGGGAAGAGCCGUGUGUCAGGGAUCAAGGGGAGCCAGAGGAAAGGGAAGUGUCUACAGACACCAAGACAGGUGAGUGGUGACCGAUUAUGUAGGGCUGUGAAGGAAUGACAUUGUUUAUGUA